GUCAGGUGACUUUAAAGCCCCGCCCCAAGAUGGCGCCUGGCCUGCGGAGCCUGAGGAGGAGGCGGAGGAAGAGGAGGCUUCCCUGUCAGUGAGCGGGCUGAGAGGCAGAACUCGGGAGAAGGGCGCCUGGACUGAGCCAUAGCUUUGUUUCCUUCCCCAUCCCAUUGGAGAGAGGGCUGGGGAGGCGAGGAGAGGGAGGCCAUGGGCGGUGGAAAGGGGCCCUGAAGAGACACAGAGACACAGACGCCUCGCCUGCCUUCGCCAUGGCUCUGAGGGAGCUCAAAGUUUGCCUUCUCGGGGAUACUGGUGUUGGCAAAUCAAGCAUUGUAUGGCGCUUUGUAGAAGACAGCUUUGAUCCCAACAUCAAUCCAACAAUUGGAGCAUCCUUUAUGACCAAGACAGUACAAUAUCAGAAUGAAUUGCAUAAAUUCCUAAUAUGGGAUACGGCUGGACAAGAAAGAUUUCGUGCUCUGGCACCAAUGUACUACCGAGGGUCUGCAGCAGCUAUUAUAGUUUAUGACAUCACAAAAGAGGAAACGUUCUCAACAUUAAAGAAUUGGGUAAAAGAACUUCGCCAGCAUGGACCUCCCAAUAUUGUUGUAGCUAUUGCUGGAAAUAAAUGUGAUCUUAAUGAUGUAAGAGAAGUCAUGGAGAAAGAUGCUAAAGAUUAUGCAGAUUCCAUCCAUGCAGUAUUCGUAGAGACCAGUGCAAAAAAUGCAAUAAACAUAAAUGAACUCUUUAUAGAAAUUAGUCGUAGAAUUCCAUCAACAGAUACCAACCCUCCAUCUAGUGGUAAGGGCUUCAAACUUAGAAGACAGCCUUCAGUGACAAAGCGUAGCUGCUGCUGACUGUUACUAUAGUAUAUCAUAUUAACUUUUAUAAAUUACUUGGCCUUGGAAGUUAAGGGUUUGUUUUAUCUUACUGGUUUUCAAAUCCUGUCUGCCUGAUGUUCAUAGACCCCAGAAUGGACUGAUCCUGGCAUAUUUAUACAUGCUGAGGAGACGGCAAUGGUUAUGCUGUUGGACUGUUUGCUUGUGGACUAUCUCUUGUACUCAAAGGGAAUCAUCUUUCAUUUCUGCUUUAGCCUUGUGAGAAAGACUCCAACGUACAGAUUGUAAGACCUGAUAUUUCAUAGUUUUUUGUAAGCAAAACUUUGCUAUGUUUUUUGUAAAGGGGGGAGGGAGGGAAACAAGCACUUUGUGGAUUUUGGUGGAAGUGGGCAAGCUUUGUGCAUUCAAAUGUGAACUCUGAUCUUAAUGCAGCUCUGCACUCCACAUUUUUGUUCCUGCAAGCCUUACUGUUUUCAUUUCAUUGUUGCUUCUCCAAAGUACAGAAUGAAUAACUGAUUCAUAGAUGGCUGCAAAAUAAUGAUAUUUUAAAUGACCAAAUUCAACCUGUGUUGUCCUCAAUCUUAAUUGCACUUUUAUUAUGUACAAAUGGUAGUGUAGAAAUAAAAGGUGUCCUUUAGGGAGGCAAGAGGUUCAAAACAUAGCCUUAGACAAUCUUACAUUGUUAUGCAGAAUUAUUUUAAACAUUAAUAGACACACUUCUUAGAAACCUCUCAGUAGGGUUCUCGUUAAGGUAGUAAAAAUCCUAAUUGAAGCUGACCAAAAUGAACUUGACCACAACUGACAGGCAUCAGUUGCUGUCAGUGGUUUUAGAAUUAGCAUGUUGGAUAGGGAACAUUUCUAAUUGCUUAGCAUGAGCAAUUUUUAUAUUCUUAUUUAUAAGACUAAUGCCUGAAGUAUUAUAAAUUAUGUAAGUGCCAUAGAUUAAGAGUCAAUUUCCUUUCGUCUCUCCAUCCCUUAACUCCAUGAUGGGAGUAUAGCAGAGUCCUAAGGUCAGGACUGCUGUGGACUCAUCCUGUGAGCAUGAGGCCUUGCAUCAACUAGCAGCUCUAGUUAGAACAGUGCUGGAAGACAGUCUUCUAUCUGUCCAGUAGAGGUUGCUGCUAGUGUACCUUGAAGCUUGUGUGUGGAAUAAAUCACCUCUGCAUGUGGAAAGUGAAACGGAUUCAGAUCCAAGUUGUGUGGAGCAGCGUAGAUCGUUGUCUCCUCACUCUUGGUCCUAUCCUAAAGAUUAAUUUUUUAAAAUCUUGUUUUUAAACAGACCAAUUCUUGGCUUUGUAUUGUGUUUUCAUUUUAUAUUAAACUAUAAAUUAAUCUUGCCUGAUUAUACUAUUUCUCAUUAUUUAUUUUUGUUGAAACUGCUCAUACAAAAAUAGACUUGGGCGGUACUUAUGUGUGUUUCCCCCACAAAAAAUAUAACUACUUAAUAAACUCACAAUGUGUAAAAUAAGUUAUAACGCUUUGAUGUUCACAGAAACAUGUCUACGGUGGCUUUUCCCCAAGCAGUUGCUUGGCAUUUGACCAUCUUAAGUAAGUGUUUUCAGUUGAGAAGGAAAUUUCAAAGGAUACAUAGGAAAUGAAACAGCUUGUGCUUCAAAAAUACUAGACUGUAUUAUUUCAGCGCACUUCUCAACACAAAUGAAUUACUAUAACUAAAAAGUGUGGUUGAAAUUAUUCAAAAUAGUUUUUUCUUCUUCCUUUUAUUUCAAAUCAAGUGUAAAACUUCUCUAAGGCACUCAAAGAUCUAAGGUUAUCUUUCCAUGCAUAAACAGCUGCAUGCCUGGAGCUAGCAAAUAAUAUCAAGUAGCAAACGUCAUGUUUAGACUAAACCAUAGAACACAACAUCUACUCAACAUGAACUGUAAACAUUGUUAACAAAAACAUUUACAAUGCAUUUCAUACGCCUCUUAAUUUGUGACAUCAGUCUGCUGUGAACUUUCACCUGAAGAACUGUGUAUACCUGUUACUUGGUCCAAAGAGUGCUUUGCUGCCAAAAUACAUAUUUAGGAUUGGGCACAACAAUGUGGCCUGUUGUAGUGUUGUGACCUAGGGUAGAUUGCCAUCACAAGAUGCUGGCACUAUAGCCCAGAUUGGUUAGUGCUUUGGCCACGUCCAUUGGUUUUAUAGCAGAAAUUGGACUGAAAAUAAGUAUAACAAGCACAAUGAUGACAAACUUCCUAUCAGGCAUUUGAAUAAAAAAUGUGCUAGAUAAGUUCAAACAACAUAAUGGCCUCAUUUCAAAGAGGUAUAGUAGGUUCCAACAAGACUUUAUAGUCCUUUGCUCUUGUGACAUUGUCCUAUCUGUACUGCAUGAUGAUUUACCCUUGAGAUGCUGCUCUCUUUUGUAAGAUUUCCUUGAGUGUAGAGCAGAGCUACUGUUGAGGAGGAAAAUGAGAAAAUCUGUAACUUUUGAGUGCUUGGAGUAAAUGUCUAGAUUUCUUUUAGUUCAGGUUAAGGAUCCCUUAUCUAAAAUGUUUAGGGUCAGAAGUGUUUUAAAAUUUGGGAACAAUAAAUUUUGAAAUACUUAUAUUUACAUAUACAUACAUAAAGCGAUGUCUUUGAGAUGGGACCCAAAUUUAAACUUGAAAUUAAGUUAUAUUUCUCAUAUAUAUAUAUAUAUAUACACAUUAUAUACACAUAUAUAUUAGCUGACGAUAAUUUUGUACAACAUUUUUAAUAAUUGUGUUCAUGAACUAAAGGCUGUAUACCCUGAGCCAUUAAAAAGAAAGGGUGUCACUAUCUUAGCUACCAAUGUGGAGAAUUUUGGAGUAGUUCAGAUUUUGGAAUUUCAGAUAAGGGAUGUUCAACCUGCAUAACUUUGGUGUUAUAAAAUUGACUGACAGGUUACAGAGCCAGUGCCUAGCUGUAUAUAUGCUUAUCCAAAUGGAUUAUUAUUAAAGCUUUAUCUAAUUCA